AGUGGGUUACUGAUUACAGGUGAUAACUAGUUGCUUUGAUAAGACUCUUGCUUUGAGCACAAAGUCCUACCAGGUACAACAAGCCCUCAGCCACUUCACAAAAUCCCUACCAUCUCUCAGAGGACCACUGCUGCCUCUCAGGCUCUGUGUCUCUCCGCUUCCUUGCAUCUGUUGACCACGCAGCAGCAACAUGAGUGUAGACUCCCAAAAAGCACGUAAGGCAUGUUGGUCCAACAUCAAGCUCUUCCUGGCCUCUAUGGCAUUUGUAUACUUUUCCAAAGCCUUUGCCGGAGCCUACAUGAAGAGCAUCAUCACUCAGAUCGAGAGACGCUUUGAUGUCCCCAGCUCCCUCAUCGGGGUUAUAGAUGGCAGCUUCGAAAUGGGUAAUCUGUUGGUGGUCGCCUUUGUGAGCUACUUUGGCGCAAAGCUGCACCGCCCCAGGCUGAUCGCUAUUGGCUGUGUGAUCAUGUCGGGUGGAUGUUUCCUGAUAGCCCUGCCUCACUUCCUGCAGGGAUUGUAUAAAUAUGAGACCAGUGUGUAUCAAACUAAUGGCGUCAACAGCACUGAGAGCUUACUGCCCUGCCUGUCCAACCACAGCCUGGCUGAAGCCGAUAAGAUGCCCGAUUUAGAGACCAGAACAGCUUGUGAAAAGGCAGCCGGCUCCUCCAUGUGGAUCUAUGUAUUCUUGGGAAACAUGCUGCGUGGCAUCGGAGAAACUCCCAUCAUGCCUCUGGGUGUUUCCUACCUGGAUGACUUCUCCAGAGAAGAGAACACUCCUUUUUAUUUGGCCUGCAUCCAUACAGUGGGAAUAAUUGGACCUAUGUUUGGGUUCAUGCUCGGGUCCUUCCUUGCCAAGAUCUACGUAGACAUUGGAUCUGUGGAUUUAGACUCUGUCACCAUCAACUAUAAGGACUCCCGCUGGGUGGGGGCCUGGUGGCUGGGCUUUAUAGUGACCGGCACCGUGAUCCUGCUGUCCAGUAUCCCAUUCUUUUUCCUUCCCAAGUCCUUGCCCAAGGAGGGGCAGGAGGAGAGUAAAGGCACAGAGCUCAGCACAGUGACAGAGCAGGAGAACUUCCUGCCCGACGAAACCCAGGAUGAAGAGAAGGAGAAGCCGGUUACGUUUCAGGAUUUGGCUAAAGAUUUCAUUCCAUCUCUGAGGAGACUCUUCAGGAACUCCAUCUACGUGCUGAUGGUUCUCACCUACCUGGUUUCUGUCAACGGCUUCAGCGGCUUGAUCACCUUCAAGCAGAAGUUCAUUGAGCAGAUCUACGGCCAGUCGGCCUCUAAAGCCAUUUUCCUCAUAGGUAUAAUGAACCUGCCAGCAGUAGCUUUGGGGAUCAUCACCGGAGGUUUGGUCUUGAAGCGCUUCAAGCUGGGUGUGGUGGGAGCAGCCAGACUGGCCUUCGCUGCGUCCCUCGGGUCCCUUUGUCUGCUCUCCGUUCAGACCUUCCUCAGCUGUGACAAUGCAGAGGUGGCAGGUAUAACCAUCUCAUAUCAGGGGGAUACUCAGCUGUCCUACAACCCAGAGACCUUGCUGGCGCAGUGCAACAUGGGCUGUUCUUGCUCCAUGAAGAAAUGGGACCCAGUGUGCGCCUACAACGGAAUGACGUAUGCCUCGCCCUGCCUGGCUGGCUGCCAAACCUCCAGCGGUACUGGCAAGGAGAGGGUGUUUCAUAACUGCACCUGCACCGGGGAGUUGAUGACUCCUGGCAUGAACAUGUCCGCGGUGCUGGGCCAGUGCCCCAGGAUAAGCAACUGUGAUUACAUGUUCAAAAUCUACAUGGCUUUGUCCGUCUUGGGGUCUUUCAUUUCUGCCUGUGGAGGAACGCCGGGAUACGUCGUACUGCUCAGGUCCAUACAGCCAGACCUGAAGUCACUGGCUUUGGGUAUGCAGACACUGAUCGUAAGAACUCUGGGUGGGAUUCCUCCUCCUAUCUAUUUUGGAGCACUGAUUGACCAGACGUGUUUGAAGUGGGGGUCCAAGCAUUGCGGAGGCCGGGGAGCAUGUAGGAUUUAUGAUACUCAUGCAUUCAGGAUUACGUACUUUGGCUUGAUUACUGGACUCUACUUCCUGUCCAACAUCCUGUGGGGAGGCCUCUAUUGUAAAAUCGUCAAGAGACACAAGAAGUUAACACUCAGGAAUCAGGCCAAGGAAAACGGACUGGAUGGUAACAAAUCUGGCAAUGGACACGCUAACAUCAGCAUAGUUAGAAACAAAGAAGAGGCGGACAAUGAGAGCACUAUUUAAAAUGUUCGUUGUAUAAUGCAGGUUGGCACAGAUUUGAAGUAAUGUGAAGCAUCCAUACUGGACCAAAUGCGGUCUUGGUACAGUGCCAGCGCUCUUUGGUCUUCAUCAGCACACACAGACAUCGUUCUGAAACAUCCACUGCUGUUUGUUCUCUAGAAAGGUCAAAGAUCCUCACUAAAGCAUAGUUUGAAUAUAAAAACAGCCAAAAGUUAUCUAAAAUCGGCACACAUUGAGUACAUUUUUUACCUCAAAUCAGCCGAGAAAACAAAAUGUUCACUUGUUAUAAUCAUUUUAUAAUCAUUAUGAUAGUUGGCUUUUGAGCUUGUGUUCACCAUGUAUACUUGAACAGUAAAAGGUCAGGUAAUGAUAGAAAGGUCCCAUCCUACAACUUUACAUUCAAAGGGAUUUAUGUAUAUUUACAUUAUACAGUAUGUACAGUGUAUAGUUUUAACGCGUACAAGACAGAACUGUAGUAUAUUUGUCAGUGAUCGACAAUUUUCUUCAUGUUUUCAAGGUUUUCCGACAUCAUUUAGCUACCUUAAAGCUCUCUGUGGCUUAUUCUUUUUAUAUGUGUUUUAUUUACGGGCUAUAUCUCCGCCAGAUAACCUUUAUACUGACCGUUGCCCCAGCGACAUUUAUCUCAGCCGUCUGACUCUACACACACUUCUUGUUACAUCAUCACUUUACGUAACAUUACAGGUCAUGGAUGUUCAUAUAGAACAAAUGUGUUAUUUAGCUAGUAUCUGGAAAAGUCCACUGACGCUUGGACAGUGGACUAAGAGUGAGUGCAGUGCAACUUGAUUGUUAGUUCUUCUACACGUUAGUGAAGUGAAAAUGUAUCCUCAGCAAAUAGUUUUUAAAAUGUGUUUUUAAAUCAUUUCUGCCUCUUUUCCUUUUUUUUUUUUUACUCUUUUGUUGAUCGUCCUUAGCAUAUUGUUAAACAUUAAAGACAAAUAUCCACAAUU